AUGAAGACCCCCUAUACAGCCUGUCUAAAUUGUAUUCUUUUUGAAAAGAAGGACUUAAGGGGAGAUGAGACUAUAGUACUGACCAAAGAGUGCAAUGAUUUAGUCCAUAAUGAACUACUAAGGAAGAUGCCAGAUCCAAAGAGCUUUCAGAUUCUAUGCACUACUGGAAAGAUCGCUCUUGACAAAGCCCUGUAUGAUCUUGGCUUAAGUUUGAAUAUGAUACAUUCAUCUGUGAUGAAGAAGUUGGGAAUCCAAGAGGCACAAGCAACAAGGAUUACCCUACAAAUAAAUGACCAGUCUUUGAGGCAACCACACGAGCCAGUGGAGAACGUACUGGUAAAGGUUGGAGAGCUCUUCUUCCCUUUAGAUUUUGAUAUGGGAGAGGAUGCGACUGACUCCAUCAUUCUCGGAACCUUACUCUUGGCCACUAAAAGAGCCCUGAUAGAUGUUGAGCAAGGAGAGAAGGCACUGAGGUUGCAUGAGAACUAG